AUCGGUUGAGACAUAGCAUACUCUUGAAUACAGUGUGGGAGUUUACACAUUUUUAGAUACUUUUAAAAGGUUAAAAAUAUAUAUAUAAUUAAAAACAUUCAAAUAGUUUGACAACCCUGUAUGUCUUCUUUCAAAUGUUAUCACACCCAAUACAUUUUUCCACUGAUGAACACAUGGAUGUCUCACCUCUCACCUCUAUGGAUGUCUCACCUCUAUCUCACCUCUUUCUCCUGAAUAUUUUGACAUUCAGGUCCAAAAAGUCACUUUCUGACCACUUCAACCAUUGGUAAAGGUUUUGUUAAAAGGGGUGCAGUCGGAAAGUUAUUGAAAUCAUAUGGAUCAACCCCUCUGUCAUUUUGUAUGGUAGGCUAUCACAGCCCAGUCAGUGGACGGUGUAUGCUGGCUAUUUGAUCCAGAUACAGAUGGCUUAUGCCACUGGCAAUUCAGUGAGACGCAUCAUCUCUCAUGAAAAAUACGACAAGCAGACUAAGGAUAAUGACAUCGCUCUUAUGAAACUCAACACACCCCUCACUAUGUCAGAUAACGUGAGAGCAGUGUGUCUGCCCAACUUCGGAGUGAAUCUGACUCCCAGCGAGAAGCCUGGAUCUCUGGAUGGGGGUCCAUUAGGAGUGGUGGGUUGGUGUCAGAAAACCUGCGUCAGGCCCGGAUCACCAUGUACAGCAGACACACAUGUAACGCACAGUUGGUGUACAAUGGACGCGUCACCACCUCUAUGAUCUGUGCUGGGACACUGGCAGGAGGAGUGGACUCAUGUCAGGUCAGAUUCACACUUAAAAUAUUUUGUAAUAGAUAUUCAUGGGAAGUUUUUUUACUACCUACUUGAUGCUACAUGUAUUCUUUCUUAUUUGAUAUAAUCUUUUGAUUUGCUGUUUUCUUAUUGUGUUCUGAUAGAGCGGAUGGUGGUAAAAUGAAGAAAUGAACAUACUCUGGAAUGUAUAAA